UGAGAAAAGUGCAAUCCGCAUUUAUCUCCACUGUCAAUAUUGGGUUUCAUUUUGUGUUUACGUCUGAACAUAUGUGCACAUUGUAGAGUGUGAUUAAAAGGGUUAACAUAUAGUUGUCUUAUGUGUUAUUUCAUCUUGGAACCACAGAAAAUACAAUUCCUAAAUUCAGCUAGUGGAAUACAGCGCUUUGUUCUUUGUUCAAACUCAUUUUAGAUCAAAUGUCAGUUGUCAAAGCAGCUGAGGACUGUUCUGCCCUCAGACAGAUUGAAGCUUUUUACUAAUUUGCAGUUGUGUAUGCACUAAAUCCAUUAAUGAGACAUGAACGUACACACAUUCAUGUACUUCGUAUUAACUUUUUCUUUCCAUCGACACAAAAAGUAUUUUUAUGGUAUUUACCUAAACCUGAAUUUAUUUCCUGCAUUAGAUCAACAUUUUCCGUCCAGACUGAGUGAUGUCUGAUAAUUAAUUCUUUUUGUAGCACCUAAAAAAAAAAAGCCGUCAUCUUGAACAUGAUUGAAGGUUAAGUGCCUUUUUUUAUUGUGUGGGCAAAGAAAUUAUUAUUUAAUGGCAUUUUUUUUUUUUUUGCUGAAGAGUGUUUUUGACCUUUUUGAUUUUGAGUAUCUUUGGUUCUUUAAGCAAUAAGCACAUUUAAAACAAACAAAAACUAGGCUGUUUUAAGUAAACUUUCUCUUGCCAGUCACUUUACCAAUUUAGUUUCAAGUCACCAGGCUGUAACAAUAUCUGAAGUGUGUUACAGUUAAUGCUAAACUUCGUAAGAAAUCACGAGGAAAGUUCUCUUUGGCUACCAAUCCCCCAUGCCCCAUCAGCGUCUGCAUUUUUUCAGAAAACAAUGACAUUGUGCAGUAUUUGCCACUGUAGGCCAGGAUGCUGACAGUGAGCUCUGUUUUUAUGCUACUAUUCCAUUUUACCAUGCAGCUCUUGUGUAACCAACUGUGGAUGUCAGUGUUCUGCUUGAUUCUGUUAUUACUCAACCACAAUACCUGCAACUUUAGUGCUUGGAAACUGAAAAACAUUGUGCGACCCUAAUCUUUACAACCUUAACAAUAACAAAAAAAAAAGGAUUUUGCCUCAAUGCAUUAAUCAUCAGUGACACUUCUGCCUUUUAACAUUUGGGGCAGCUUUGAGAGAUGAAUCCUGCGAUACUUAUCACUGUUUAUAUCUAAAAUCAUGGCUGUGAAUACACAUAGACGUGAGUACACCACUCUUUACUGCAGCUCUGUAGAUGAUCCUUUAUCUCCUCAACCGCUCUUCACUACACCUCCUUCUGAGCAUGUCAUUGAUGAAGAACUUUUCCUGCGAGCUCUGUGGGAGGAAGACUCGGAAGAUGAUGAUGCCGAGGCGGAUCCUGUCCGAGAUGAUUUGUAUUUCCGACGAGUGCAGCAGACCCUCCAUCAGACAUCUACCAACCCCAGUUAUGAUCGCUUCUUACCCCAAUAUUGGACACCUGAAGAGGAGACUCGUGUCCGCAGGAUCUACCUUGGUUCCCAGAGACGACCCUGGUAUCAUAAAAUGCAGAGCCUCAGCCAUAAAGCCUUGGCUUUUGCUGAAGAGUUUGACUUUGACCUCAUUUCCUGGCACCUGAGAUCUGCUACUGAGAAAAACAUCUCUGCAACAUCUGGAGAGCCUCCGCACUACAUCGAAGAAAUUCUCUCUAAGCCUGAACCUUGACUCCUGUCCUGGACUUUUUAUGCAAAACGUGCACAGUCUCAAAUACACACUGCAUUAGACUGUUGUCAUUAGCCUCAUCACACUAUCAUACUCGUUAUCUCAUUGUCUCAUAAGUGCCAAAGUGUACUUGUCAUUUUCGCAUUUGCAAAUCUCUAAAUCAGCAGCAAAAUAUGUGAUUUUAUUUUUCUUAACAUAUGCAAAUUUUGCUUUGUUUACAAGAUGUUUUCUGAAGCUUUGGUUCAAUACUGUUACUGAUGUUUUCCUAAGUACUACAUGUUGUAUUAUUUGGCAUUUACUCUAUUUCUGUAGUGCUGACGAUGAGAAGACAUUUUGACAGCAUGACGCUGAGUGACUCAUUUGCACAUAAUGGUUAAACAUGACUCAUGCAUGGUCAGAUCUCCAUAGCCAUAACACAAUCGCGUUAUUUAUAACACCUUUCAUGCCAGCAUUAAUGUUUCCAGUUUACUGCCUGUGUGAAUAUGACACUGGUGUUGAAAAAUAAAGUAUGUUCUCCCAAGUUAAA